AUGAAGCCUGAGAGAAAGCAUUUCCAUAGAGUUCAUCCGAGAAAAGAGAAGGUCGAACGGGUCCUGCAACUCUUUCAGAGAACUGCUAAAAAACGGCAUGAAGCAAAGAGACUCGGUAUAAUACCUUAUUUGGACGGAUGGGAAGAAUUAGUAGACAAGAAAUUAAAAGAAGAAGAAGAACAGAAAAAAGCUAAAGAAAUUCUCGCCCAAACCAUUUCAGACAAAAAAGACAUAGAAGAAAAUCUUUUGACUGCGAAAAGCACAGAAACAAAUACUGAGGAGCACAUACAAUUAAGCGAUGAAAAAAUCGAAAAAUGGUUAUCUCGAUGCAAAGGCGAUGGCGCGAAGAAGACCUGA